GCGGGCCGCAGUGUCGGGGGAAGCGCAGCGGCAGGAGAGGAAUGGGGAGCAAACUUUUGGGCAACGGUAUACAAUCCGCAGACCCAGGUGUCCUUCUACGCGUGCCCUGGGACUGAAGAGGUUGGUUCGGAUCCUCCGAUCGGAAACUCUUUGUUACCUGCCAACCCUGAGGCAGGGUGGUGGGAAAUGAUCGACGAGGCCAGCAGACUGCAAUACUACUAUCACACAAAGCAUGGAGAGACUGUCUGGGAGCGGCCGGAUGCAUUCGUGAUCCCUCUGGCUAUCCUACAG